AUGACCGUUUCCUACACACUUGAGGUGGCCAAUGCGAAGUUUGGUGGCUUCUCCAAACUUUUGUUCAGGUGGAAGGGAAGCAUCUACCGGCUGCUGUACAAAGAGUUCCUGGUGUUCUGUGGGCUGUAUCUGUUUUUCAGUGUGAUUUACAGGUUCAUGCUCACAACAAAGCAGCAGGAUCUGUUUGAGCGCAUUGCCCUUUACUGUGAUCAUUUCACCAACAGCAGCUUCAUCCCAGUUCUGUUUGUGCUGGGUUUCUAUGUGACCCUGGCCUUUAAUCGAUGGUGGGGUCAGUACACCAGCUUCCCACUACCUGACAAUCUGAUGAUGGUGGUGUCUGGGAACGUUCAUGGGGCAGACGAGAGGGGUCGACUGCUACGACGCACUCUCAUGAGAUACGCAAACUUAUCUUCAGUGCUUAUUCUUCGCUCUAUAAGCACAAGAGUUCACAAGCGAUUUCCAACUAUGGAGCACAUUGUGGAGGCUGGAUUCAUGACUUCAAAUGAGCUGAAAAACUUUGAGUCGCUGUACUCUGACUUCAACAAGUACUGGAUGCCUUUGACUUGGUUUGCAAAUCUGGCGUCCAUAGCGAGAGAGGAGGGUCGAGUGAGAGAUGACAUAGCUUUGAGACUCCUCAUGGAUGAGCUUAACAACUACAGAGGAAAGUGCAGCCUCCUCUUCCACUAUGACUGGAUAAGCAUCCCACUGGUCUACACUCAGGUUGUUACUUUAGCAGUUUAUUCGUUUUUUGCCUUCUGUGUGAUUGGUCGACAAUUCCUGAACCCUGAGAAAGGAUACAAGGGUCACAAUCUGGACAUGUACGUCCCAGUUUUCACUCUGCUGCAGUUCUUCUUCUACACUGGCUGGCUCAAGGUGGGGGAGCUGAUUAUCAAUCCUUUUGGUGAGGAUGAUGAUGAUUUUGAGACCAACCAGCUGAUUGAUCGAAACAUUCAGGUUUCAAUGCUGGCAGUGGAUGAUAUGUACCAGAACCUAGCUCCAAUUGUGAAGGACAAGCACUGGUCACAGAGACAUUUCUCCAUUCCUUAUACUGUGUCGACAGCAGCGGAUGCUCUCAGACCAGCUUUCAAAGGGUCCACCUUCGACAUGAGGAUGAGCAUUGAGGAUCUUGAGAUUCACCAGCCUGCAGACACUUCUUCAAGGACACAGUAUUUCCCUCUUAGGGCCUCUCUAGGCGAUGGGCUCGACAGCCUUCUGCAAAGGGGUAAAGCUGUUCUGCGUGGUGGGAGUCUCCCUUCUCUGCUAGACAACUCAUGGCACCCAAAUGAGGAUGAAGAUGAAGAUGAU